AUGGAAGACUCACGCGCCAUUUUGGCCGCUCUGCAGCCCGUGCUCAAUCGUCAAAUCACCCAUCCUUUCCCUCAUGUUCCCACUCCUGAGGGCUGCAAGAAACGGGCGUCUGUCGCAGUCAUAAUUCGCGUACGGCCCGCCUUUGCACCUGUGCCUGAUCCAGCGAAGUCUGUCGUGGAAGUAUCGAAGAAUGAGCCUCCUGCAACCACCCUCGACGAGUACUUUGCGCAAGACUGGGUGAAGAACGGCGAUCCAGAAGUACUCUUCAUCAAACGAGCCGGCAGACCUGGCGAUAGAUGGUCAGGCCAUACAGCGCUGCCUGGUGGCAAGAGAGACCCUGAGGACGCCGAUGACUUUGCUGCAGCCGUACGAGAAACACGAGAAGAGACAGGCGUUGAUCUGACCAAUGCGAUCCCGGCUGGCAAUCUGCCAGAACGCAUCGUCGCAACGACCUGGGGCAAAGUCCCCCUUAUGGUGCUCUGCCCGUAUGUGUUUGUCUGGCCCAACAAAGUACCACCGUAUCUCUCGCCACAGCCUACCGAGGUGGCAAGCGUUCAUUGGAUCCCCUUGCGCGCUCUGCUGUCUCCUUCCAUGCGGACCAUUGAGAAGGUCGACAUUUCGACCCGUAUGGCCAGACAAGGUGGGCCCAUCGCUCGCUACUUUCUGCGCGCCAUGAUGGGCAAGAUGGUCUUCUCUGCCAUUCAGCUCGUGCCCUCAGUAAGUGUAUUUGCGACCUCCAUCCCCGACUUUGUGCCGGACGAGACGCCCACAGAUUGGUACAAGGGUCAAUUUGGCGUUGCUGAAUCAUCACAAUCACUUGCCCAUCAACAGCCGAUCCUUCUCUGGGGCUUGACAUUGGGCGUGCUGGCGGAUUUUCUGGACACCCUGCCUCCGUACAACGCCGUGGCUCUGUGGAAAUAUCCGACCUUUACGGUCCCGGACCUGAAGUUCUUGGUCUGGGUAUGCACCCGCAGUCUUCGUCUAGGAAAUGCGGGGGACCUAUCCAGCGGUACCUGGCCGAGCAACACUGCCGCAGAUGCGCAGACACAGGCUGUGGCAGUGACUGAAGGCGAGCCUACCAAGUUGGUACUUGAGCAGCUACGAGAUCAAAAGAGAAAUACAGUCGGCAUAAGUGGUACUGGAGUCACGAGAUCCAACGAUGCUUUGUCACGGAUGCUGGUUGGGUACUACGAUCGCGUUAACGUGGCGCUGGCGAUUUUCUUUGCAUACCGGACGAUUGCAGGAACGGCAGCCGCCGUGUGGUUGUUGCGGCUGUGGAAGCGGAAGAUGACCAGCAGACUCUGA